AGGAGAAAACAUAUAAAUUUAAUUGGUGAAAUUGCGUUGCAGAAUCCCUUAUCCACUCUGCAAUAACCACAAAGUGUGAUGAACAUGAAUCAAAUGGCUUCUUUAACUUGUUCAUCAUCUUCAUCCUUCUCAACAAAGCUUCCUCUUCAUUCCACAACACCUCUAAAAAGAAGAAGAAGAAGCAACCACGAUUUUCUAAGAAUGGUGACUCGUUCCUGUCUCGAUGACAGUUCCGCACUUCUCCGAGCAGCUCAAUACACUGUAGACACAUAUGUGAAAAGUGGAAUGGUUGUAGGAUUGGGGUCUGGUCAUGCUUCUGGUAUGGCAAUUCAGCAUUUGGGUCGCCAGCUUCGUACCGGUAAUUUGAAGGACAUAGUAGGGAUUCCCAUGUCUGUUGCAAGUGCAAGCGAGGCAGCAAAGUCUGGGAUACCAUUGGAUACCUACCAAGACAGUACUCAAAUUGAUUUUGCCUUUGAUGAUGCUGAUGCUAUAGAAGAAGGGACACUUGUGGCUAUCAUUGGGCGCCGUAAACUGCAAAGUGAGGAAUCCAUACUGCAGGAGAGUGGUGGACUGGAAGGUUCUAUUCCAGUUUUAAUUCAGUCUCCAACCUGGCUGGCAACCGCCGAAGAGAUUGAUGAUAUAUUUCUGGGCGAUGCCGAGGUUUGGAGAAGACCGGCGAUAGGACAAGCAGGUCCAUUAGGAGGUGACUUCCCCCUAGUCACCAAAGAAGGAUGUAAUGUUCUUGAUCUUAUAUUUACUUCUCCAAUUGCAAGCCUUGCUGAAGUAGCAAAACGCCUUGAUACUGUGGAUGGUGUUGUUGACCAUGGGGUCGUAUCUAAAAUCCCAUGUACAGUGGUAAUUGCUUCUCCGAAUGGGAUGAAAAUUUUGGACAAAUUGACCGCAGAUAUAGUGGGAUAGGCUACACUUGUUAUAGUUAUUUAAUAUUUAUAUAUACCUCUAUGGCUCUACCUUGAGGUUUUGAAUGUAAAUGUGGUUAUAGUUGUUCUUAAAGCCUCUUUUCUUCCCUUUAUUUAUUCAUUUAUUUUCGUCCUCCCUCCCAAAUAUUUGUUAUAUAAGAGGUAUGUUUUUGUAAAGAUUAUGACAUGAUUGUGACUGUAGGAUACUAGCAUUAUUAUUGUUCUCUGUUACUAUGUAGAACUAUUGCAUUAGAAUAUGACUUUUACUUUCUUUGAA